AUGAGACUAGGACAGGCAGCAGGCCAAUAUUGGAAGGACCAGAUGUUCAGUGAUGAUCAAGCGAUGACAACACAAUGGCCGCAUGUCAGGGACAGUGACACAAACAGAGACCCAAUAAUUUUUGCAGAGGAAUUGAAAGCAGGCUCUGUGCUCAUCCCAAACCUCUACUCCAAUGCCUGCUAUCCAAUCUUCUACACAAACUCCCCAGCAUUCCCCACAGUAAACACCAGCCAGCACUCAAGCCAGCACCAGCUCCUGCGAAUUCCACCGAAAGUGGAGCAAAUGACGAAGUUCUUUGAACUGGAAGUGAUACAUUCUUGGGAGCCCAAUGCCAAAGUCCUGGCCAUCCAUAGGAGAAACAAGCUGCUGAGGAUCGCACGAGUUGCUGCUCAGAAAGCCGAGGCUGAUGUGAAGGCUGCAGAAGGGAAGAUACAUAAACAUAUGGCAAAGGUAGGCUGGAAGGAUAUCCCCACUCACUUAAAGGAGAAGCCUAUGAUGGCUGCGAAGCUCAAAGAGCUGCAUGAAAACAAGCACAUUUAUAUCCCUUGGUAUACCUGUCCUGUCGUAACUUGCCAGACUUUUGUGGAUCGCAAGCCUAUCAAGGUAGCCAGUUGCAAAGCAUAUGAUCAGUGUGGUCAAUGCUGUGUUUGGAGCUCCCAGUAG